AUGCCGGCUUUUGGCGCAAUAGCACCUCGGUGCGGUCUUCGGCGAAGCGCAACCUCGACGUCGAACGAACGCCGCAACGCCUCCCACCUCCGCAAACCUCAUAACGCGGCAGCUCGCUCCAUCCAUCACGGCGACGACAAGGACAGCUCGGUGCCCAGUGUCCUAGGUGGUAUUAUCCCACGGACAUCUAGUCUGGCUCUCGGGCUGGCCAACGCGGAAGAACCGGGGCGGCGACUCGACCAAGAGCUGCGGCAACAGAAGCAGCUGACCGCAACGUCCGUACUGUCAGAAACCUCAACACCCGGCGUCGCCCAAGCGCGGAGGCUGGCUUCGUUCUCGAGGCCGCCUGAUUCUGUGUCGCCGGGACACAGAAGAGGAGCGGCGAUAAUUGCUGCGCCCUGGCGUGAACCGAUGUCGGUGAUACCCGUAUUCGGCAGCAGCGGCGAAGGCAGUACCCUCCGUGGUGAGACGACACCGAAUCCCGCGCUAUCCUGCUCCGCUUCGGCCGCGACGGCGACAGCCCUCGCAAACGCCAUCAAUGCCGCCGCAACGGUGCCUGCCGCUGCCGGCAGCGGCAGCGGCGGUGCAAUUGUCACCACGGCGGUCAGGGGGUAUGAAAUCGGCGGCAAAAUGCAGAACGACAACAUCGUGAGCGGAGACGGCGGGGAUGCCGGAGGCUGGGGCCCUUCCUUGUUGGAAGAUGAGCAGCUGUCUCCCAGGAAGGAAGACUAUGGACGGGAGGAAGACGGCGGACGGAGAGAUGUGCCGAGGGAGGACUGUCCCACCGUGAUCCGGUCGGACGGGGGCGCAUGCAUUCGUCCUUCCUCGGGUCGACACGACGACGCCCACAACGGCUGCUGGGAGGACACCGACUACAACUCGAACAGCACGUCGGCCACAAACGACAGCGCCUCUUUCGCCACGAGAGUGAGCACUGGCCGCUUCGCCACGAUGGACAACAAUGCCCGAGGCGGCGGCGGCAGUGGCGGUGGGUCGCCGCGGUCUCGCGUGCUGGCGGCGGCUCUGGGCGCGGCGGCCGCGAGCGAAGAAAGUGUGCUUGGCGGCGAGUGCCGCGUGGUUUUGCGGUGUGCCGAAACCGGCGCCGAUCUCGCCUCUCGGGUACACGACUUCCUGGCCUCGGAUCGUAAGGUUUUCCUUUUGAGUGGAGAGGCCGGCAGCGGCAAGUCGUUCUUCGUGACGUUGCUGGCUCACGAACUCGCGCUAGCGUGUUCCCUGAACCUGGGGGGGGGGAGGGCAGAAGCGGCGGGAGCCGAGGGGGGAGCGACAACAGGAGGCUUCCUGCCGAUCGUGAUCGACGCGAGGGAAGCAGAGGGGGAGCAUGGAAUGCCGCUCGAUUGCAUGGUGAAGCACUACUUGAUGUCACAGCUAAGGAUGACGAAGCGAGAGAUCUCCACCAUCCGGAAAAGGCAGCGCCUCCUCGUCAUCGUGGACGGCUUCGACAGGAUUUCGGCCGAUAAGCUGUUCCUUGUGGAAGUCUGUUGGUGGCAGACGCAGGGCCGGAGGUUCACGAAUUUCAGCCAAAGAGGCGAAACCUUUGGGCAAGCAACGGCUGGGCGAGGUGGAGGAUGA